AUGUCCGGAAAGCCGUUCAAGGUCGAGUGGAUCCGCGUGCAAAAACUGGGCUUCUACCGGACCAAGAACCUGCGCAACCCGUUCAAGGAGGUGAAGGUGUCCCGCGACGGCACGGAGGUCGAGCCGACCGUCGGCGCCGCCAUCGUCGCCGAGAUCGAGGCCCCGGAGGCCAGGACCCCCGUCCAGGACCCCCGCUUCCUCGCCUAA